AUGGACUUCGUCAAGGGCCUCGCUGGUGGUAACAAGGAGGGCGGCAGCAGCGGAGACAACACUGCCCUCAACAAGGGUAUCGACGCUGCUCAGUCCACAUUCCUCAAGGCCGGCCAGGGUACCAACGACCAGAUCAACAGGGGUAUCGACACUGCCCAGGGUGUCUUCUUGGGCGACAAGAAGACCGAGCAGAAGCCAGUCGAGGAGAAGAAGUAG